AUGAAGAGGAAACGCAGAAACAACGACGACGACGAAUAUAUUAUUCGGAAUAAAAUAAGAAAGUUGGAGCGCAGACUUUGGCAAAAGUCACGCCGCCGCAUAAGAGUGGCCGACUCGUCUUCGGAUAAUGAUAGCAGCGGUAAGUCUAUAAAGAACACGUGGUGUUAUAAAAGUGAUGCGUACUAUUUUAGCUAUAUACCUACACGUUUUUUGUUCGAAACAGGCGAAGACGGGUCCGUUUCGGCGGAUAAUGAACCACGUGCUUCACGUCGAGCCUCGUCGGGUCAAAGGUCUGCUUCACCAGCGCCGGGGACAUCGCACCAGGAGGAAACAGCUGCAGCGCAAACCAGUCGAGAUCCUGUACGUCUGACAUCUCCUCAACCAGGCCCGUCGUCUGCACCAGAUCAGUAUGUACCCGCCGAGCCCGCACAGCCCGCGCCAACCGCGGAGCCCGCACCGGCCUCGAUCGAGGACAUAGAAUUGGACGAGGAUAUCCUCAAUUUACUGGGCGAGGCUCCAAAGUUGGAUACGCCCUUGGGAAAAGGUAUUCACAAGGACGUAGCUUGUAGAUGGCAGGAGGUAUUAAACAAAGGAUUACAAAAAGAAGUUAAAGACAAAAUAGCUGAAGAAUACCUAAUACCUAACAAUUGCACUUUGUUAGUUCCUCCCAUUUUAAACCCUGAAGCUAAAGCAGCGUUACCGGAUGCCUUGAUAAAAAGAGAUACCUCUUUAAUGCUUAGACAAAAACAGAUAGCGUUAGCGUUGUCGGCACUCUCGCACGCUACGGAUAUUCUAAUAAAACAAAAGUCUUCAUCGCCUGACAUACUAAAACCCAUUAGCGACGCAUGUCGUAUUCUAUGCGAUUCUCAUUUUACCGAAACGAAAAUGAGAAGAAACUUUGUGAUUUCCGCUAUAAACACUGAUUUGAAGGACACUUUAAUUAAUACAGAAAGGGACAAAUUUUUAUUCGGCGAGAACGUGUCCGAAAAACUGAAAGCUGCGCAGACUGUACAAAAAUCAGGAGAUACAUUAAAAAAUACACAAAAGUCAUAUAAUCCAUUUAAUAAAGCAAAUUUCAUAAAGAAAAACAGGUAUCAACAAAACAAAGGAAAUUUAAACUACAACACCCCGUAUCGGAAGAUGACGAAUUACAACAACAAGUCGGAUGCGGGGCGGCCUCGUGCAGCAGCGGCGCGGCCCGCGCCGGCGCCCUCCAGCAGGUACAACACCCGCUACCGGGCCCGGGAGCGCCAGCGCGAGCGCGAGCGCACGCCUCCUCGGAGAUACCAGCGGAGACAAUAGACCAUGAGAACAACCCACAGUCUUCACAAGACUCUGUCACUAGUUGCCGCCAAAUUAUCAGGAAAGCACUAUUAAACAGGUCAUUGACCCCUAGGUCUGUAGAAAUAAUGUUGUCAUCAUUAAGCGAUAACACUUACAAACAAUAUAAUGGUUGUAUACAGUCAUGGCUUACCUUUUGCAAAAACAAUGGAUAUGAUUAUGAAAAUACGUCGGUAGAUGUUGUAAUUAAUUU